AUGCUGCUCUCCACGCUUCUUCUCACGGUUUUGGAAUUUUUCAGAGGGAACGAGAAAAAUGAAAAAUUCGAGUUUUCGAAAAUUGGCGAUAGCUUCACCACAACGUUCAUUCCAACACACACACCGUACACCAUGUCUGAGCCUGUUGUUGCUCCGUACGGAGGGUUGCUCACUAGAACUUUAGACGAACAAAACGAAAGAGAAGCCAAAUUAAAGGAACAAGAGGUGUCCGUCAGUGUCAAUGGCAAGGAAGAAACCGUGAGACCUGGCGCUAUUUUUAUUCGCGGUGUAGAUAACUUGUCCACUGAAGACUUGAAGGCAUUCAUAGAUUAUUAUUUGAACUAUGAUGUUUCUGUGGACCCCGAGCAAGACGGGAAGCAGAUCUACGAACCCCACCCUAUCGAGGAGCAAAUUACCUUCAAAAUUCAGUGGAUCAAUGACUCGUCAGUGAACGUUGUCUUCCAGUCGCACGAGAACUCUGUCAAGGCGUUGAGCAAGAUUUCCAUAACCUCUUCCAACCCAAACAUCGCCAAGACCGAUGAGCAGCUAGCGGAAGAGUUUUCGCUUGAAAACAACGUCCAGGAAAGAGAAACAAAGCCGUACAACCCGAUCAUUCUAUUCAAAAAGCAGAUAGACUUGAAGAGCAGAAUAGGCUUGAGCACUCCUGCUGACGAGGACCAACAAGAAGAGACUAUUGAAUCCACUGGAAUGGAUGAAGACGAGUCUUUUAUAAUUUUGUACACCAGGCAGUCGUUCCAGUCCGAUGUGAAGGUGAAGGGGGCUGCUACCUACUCAAGAUACUACUUGCUCCACGGUGAGCCCGAAAGACGUCAACGUAGACCUCAGAACAGACGUAGAGACAAGAGAGAAAACGACCACCGUAACAACAGACGAAACCGUAUACCUGAAGAGCAAGCACAAGCUCCUAAGGUAGAAGAAGAUCUCUUCGCUAGUAAAUUGAGUGGCCGUCGUGGUGACCGCGGUGACCGUAGCAGUCGUGACCGUGAUGAUGUCAUGGACAUCGAUAGAGAUAGAUCCAGAUCUCCUGUUAGAAGAGCGCCAGAGGAAGAUUUAUUUGCCAGCAGAUUAAGAAGGUAA